CCAAGCCUGUAGCCAGUACUGUAAACUGUAAAGUGUAAACUCCCAGAUCGUUCUUGUAAGUCUUGUCUUCUGUUUGUUUUGACAGUGUGGCCGGCUAAAUUUUCGAACGGAUUGGGUCUCAUUGGAUUUCCUAGAAUAUGAAAGACACGGACAAAGACUCGGAAGAAAAAAAUAUUGUCAAGAGGAGAGAACAGCUAUAUCGACUCAUCAUCAGUCAAUUGUUUUAUGACGGGCAUCAACAGCUUGCAGUCCAGUUAUCUUCAUUGGUGCAAGCCGACCCACCUUGCCCACCAUCAGACAGGCUGCUACAUGUGACUACAAUCGGCCUUCAACAUGAGCCUGAGAGGCAUAAAAAAGAUCCGAUACCAGGGUUGAACCCGAUCCAAGAAAUUCUCGUAGGGCCUGGCCUUGAUUUAGAAUAUGAAACGGAUGUGGAUAUCACUGCACCAGAACCAUCGCAUUAUGAAACGGUAUAUGUGACAUCGCACAAAGGAGCGUGCAGGGCAGGUGCUUUCAGCCUUGAUGGACAGCUGAUUGCCACUGGCAGUGCAGACGCAUCAAUCAAGAUCUUAGAUGUAGACAGGAUGCUAGCAAAGUCACUCUCUGAUGCGAUGGAAAGCACAACAGACAGCCAAGGCCACCCUGUCAUCAGAACAUUGUAUGAUCACCUGGAAGAAGUAACCGCCUUAGAUUUUCAUCCAAGGGAACCCAUUUUGGCUUCGGGCAGUCGUGAUGCAACUAUCAAAGUUUUUGACUUUGCAAAGGCCAGUGUCAAAAAGGCUUACAAAACUAUAACUGACUCGCACGGUAUAAAGUGCAUUUCAUUCCAUCCGACGGGUGAUUUCUUACUUGUCGGAACUCUUCAUUCUGUAAUAAGACUCUACGAUUUCAACACGGCACAGUGCUAUGUCUGCAGCGUCCCCUGCCAUCAGCACAGUGACACCAUCACAUCUAUCAAGUUUACCCAAGGUGGGAAGUAUUAUGCAUCAGCUAGCAAAGACGGAAGUAUAAAAAUUUGGGACGGUGUCAGCAAUAGAUGUGUUAACACUUUCUACAAAGCUCACGAUGGGGCUGAAGUCUGUUCUGUGGCAUUUACAAGAAAUGGAAAGUACCUACUUUCGUCUGGGAAAGAUUCGUUAGUCAAACUUUGGGAAUUGACAACAAGCAGAUGUCUAAUAGCUUACACUGGAGCAGGGACUACUGGAAAACAAGAACACAGGACACAAGCAGUUUUCAACCACACAGAGGACUUUGUUCUCUUCCCAGAUGAAGCAACUACCUCGUUAUGCGCAUGGAAUGCCCGGAACGCUUCUAGAAGACAACUUCUCUCUCUUGGACAUAACGGCCCUGUAAGGCAGAUAGUUCACAGCCCACAUUCAGCAGCCUUUCUCACUUGCUCUGAUGACUUCAGAGCCAGAUUCUGGUUCAAGAGACUUCAGACACACUAGCAUUCAAUGUAUAUAUUUUAUAUAUGGGUUUUGUAAAGGAAAUUAUAUAAGGUAUAACAAAAAUAACAUGAGUUUUAAUAUUCUAAUAUAAAUGUGUUCCUUGCAAAACCAUAAGGAAUAAAACAACAAAAGAACUUUUA